CAUGUAAUUUAAGUUUUAGUAACGGCCAUGAAAAAUCGCAGACACCUUCGUCCUCCAACUGCACAAACCUCCCUUCACUUUCGAUCCCUCCCUCUCUAACAAAAACAAAAAACAGCAACAAGAAGAAGGUUUUUUUUUUUUUCUUUUUUUCUGACCAAAAAAGAGAAGCUUUUGGAACCUCCCCUCCUCCUCUCUCUCUCUGCAGAAAUUCAAGACGAAGGCGAUCUCUGUAUCCUUCCAAACAUGCAUUUCGCAAAGCUUGAUGAUUCGCCUAUGUUCCGCCAACAGAUACAAGGUUUGGAGGAAAGUGCAGAGUCACUGAGGGGAAGAUGUUAUAAGUUUUACAAAGGAUGCCGAAAGUAUACAGAAGGGCUUGGAGAAGCGUAUGAUGGUGAAAUCGCUUUUAUAACUGCCCUUGAAAGUUUUGGGGGAGGCCACAAUGAUCCUAUUUUUUCAGCUUUAGGAAGCCAGGUUAUGUCCAGAUUCACAAUUGCAUUAAGAGAAAUCGCGACGUACAAGGAAGUUUUGCGUUCACAGAUAGAGCACAUGCUAAAUGAUAGGCUGGUGAACAUUGUCCAUGUUGACCUCCAUGAAGUCAAGGAAUCCCGAAAGCGUUUUGACAAGACAUCACUUGUAUAUGAUCAGGCACGCGAGAAGUUUCUGUCAUUGAGGAAGAGCACGAGGAUGGAUAUAGCUGCUAGUAUAGAGGAGGAACUGCAGAAUGCAAGAUCCUCGUUUGAGCAAGCCCGCUUCAGCCUGGUUGCUGUUCUUUCUGAUAUUGAGGCCAAAAAGAGGUUUGAGUUUCUGGAAGCUGUCAGCGGGGUGAUGGACGCUCAUCUUCGUUACUUCAAACAGAGUUAUGAGUUACUGCAUGCAAUGGAACCCUACAUUCAUCAGGCUUUGGCUGACGCGCAACAGACACGAGAAAGUUGCAACCAGGAACAGACGUGUCUCAAUGAAAGGAUACAAGAGUACAAAAAGCAGAUUGAUCGGGAAAGUACGCAGUCCUUGAGCGGUAUCCAUGGUUCUCCUAAAGGAGAUGGUCCGCAACCUUUCUCCAGGAAAUCACAUAAAGUGAUCGAGGAAGUGAUGCAAUCUGCUGCAAAGGGGAAGGUACAAACCAUUCGGCAAGGAUAUCUAUCAAAGCGUUCCUCCAAUUUGAGAGGUGACUGGAAAAGAAGGUAUUUCAUUCUUGAUAGUCGAGGGAUGCUGUACUACUAUCGCAAACCAUGGAGUCGGCCAUCUUAUGGGAGUCCAUCUUCUCCACAGAAGAAUAAUUCCUCUGAAAACGGCUCCGGGCUUUUGAGUCGAUGGCUUUCAUCUCAUUACCAUGGUGGUAUACAUGAUGAGAAAUCCGUUGCUAGCCACACUGUGAACUUGCUGACAUCAACGAUAAAGGUUGAUGCAGACCAGACGGACUUAAGGUUCUGCUUCAGAAUUAUAUCACCUGCUAAAAUCUACACUUUGCAGGCAGAGAAUGCACUUGACCAAAUGGAUUGGAUUGAGAAAAUAACUGGAGUAAUAGCUUCAUUGUUGAGUUUCCAGACACUUGAGAGGCGUCUCUCAACUAGCCCUACAGGAAGCGAUGAUCAAUUCUCUGGAAACGAGGGCUACUUAUUAGAAAGUGCUCCUGAUGCUGAGCAGACAGCUAUUCCGGAACUGUCACCUAAGAUCACAGCUUAUAAUUAUCUACGAAUCUCUAGAAGUAUGCAGCCGCACAAGCUCAAAAGUGAGAAGCCAAUUGACAUACUGAGAAGAGUGUGCGGUAAUGAAAAAUGUGCUGAUUGUGGUGCACCUGAACCAGAUUGGGCAUCUUUGAACCUCGGAAUUCUUAUUUGCAUUGAAUGCUCUGGUGUUCAUCGUAAUCUUGGUGUACAUGUAUCAAAGGUUCGAUCACUAACACUUGAUGUGAAAGUAUGGGAACCUUCUGUCUUAACCUUGUUUCAAUCACUGGGAAAUGCUUUCGCAAACUCGAUUUGGGAGGAGAUGUUGUAUUCAAGAAGUACUUUGCAGGCUGAUAAAAUGCCUAUAGGUUUCUCCAAGGCUGAUAGGAAUGAGCCGUUUCUUAUGAUAAAGCCAUGUAAUGACGAUCUUAAUUCGACAAAGGAGAGGUAUAUUCAAGCAAAGUAUGCAGAAAAACUUUUUGUUCGUCGUACAAAAAACAAUCAGAAACUUCAUGUCAUGGGGCAACAGUUGUGCAAAAGCGUCCGUGCUAAUGACAAGAAAGCAGUUUACCGCUAUAUCGUUGGUUAUGAAGCAGAUGUUAAUUCUAGAUCUGUGCAAGCAUUAGAUGAUAAUUCCGGAGACAAGCCCUCCUCAAGUAACUUAAAUUCUGUCACUCAAAGUGAAAUUCAGCCCGCAGAAGACACCGCUGAAGGCUGUUCCCUGCUUCACCUAGCCUGCCAAAGUGCCGAUAUUGGCAUGGUAGAGCUCCUUUUACAGUACGGUGCCAACGUAAAAGCUACUGAUUCAAAAGGUCAAACACCACUACAUUAUUCCGUUAUAAGAGGGAAUAUUGCUAUUGCAAAGUUGCUUCUAACAAGGGGAGCUGAUCCAAAAGCCACUGACAGAGAAGGUAAAACACCAAGUGAGCUUGUAUCAGAAUCAGCCUCCAAAGACAAUGGGAUGCUGGCUCUUUUAACAAACUCCGGCAGAUGAUGUUUAAAACCGAAACUUUUUCGCAUACUUAACACGAGAACUGAUCGAAAACGUGAGACCGUUUUGCCUCUUCGAAAUGUAGGAUCAGUCUAGUUUUGUGGGUUGAGGUAAAUAGAGGCAGUUUGAUUUGGUUUGUAUCUGUUUGUGAACUAUUUUGUUCUUUAUAAUUUGGAUUUGUGUAUAGAAAAAGAAUGCUAGUAGGUUUUAGCAAAGUUAUUUUGUUGUUGUACUUGUAUGUAGAUGAUCAGUUUAGUUUAGGCAAAAUUUCAUUUGCUUUUGUAUCAAUGAGGUAACUAUUUGUUUCUUAUUUUUUAUAAGAAUUGUCGAUUGGAAGUGA